CUCCGCCGUCUCCCAUACCGCCCGGAUACCGCCGCUCCGAUGGACACGGAUUUGAAGGCGAAGUCAACUCCGACCGCUGGACGAGGCCCCGCGACGGAUCUGAAGGCGGGCCGCCACGAGUCGAGGUCGACUCCAACCUCCGGACACUCGCACACCGCCGCCGCCGCCAGGCUCCCUCCGCUCCCGUGCAAAGAAACACCUACCCGCCGCCUAUCAUGCCGACCGGACGCCGCCCUGACGGAUCUGAAGGCGGGUCGCGACAACUCGAAGUCGACCCCGACCCCCGGACGAGGCCCCGUGACGGAUCGGAAGGUGGGCCGCCACGACUCGAAGUCGACUCCGACCUGCGGACGACGAACCGUCCUCUGUCCCGUGCGCAAUACAUUGAAGAAUUACUCGAUAAAGCCCAGCUGCCUCAGCGGCGCGAGGUCACGGACCAGACAGUGAGUGGUACCGAUGCGAUAUUCCCACCAUCACGCCCUGUCUUUGCACUCAGCCCUACUCGCCUGACUAUCAAAUAUUAUGUCAGAGUUGAUAUGUGUGGUUUUUUCCACACAUAUCCUACUCUGUCUGGGCCAUUUCAGAGCUUACAGGAGGUCCAAGAUGCUAUCAACUCUGAGCAUGCUAAACAGUGUGAAAUGAUGUAAACUUCCUGAGCUAGAUCUCUAUUACAUUUCUUCAUAUUUUCAGUUGAUUAUAUUCAAAUAUGUUAUGCAGUCCGAAUCGUUUUUUUAUCUCUGAAUUUCUGGAGUGGUGCAUAAAUCAUAAGCAUAUAUGAAAUAUCAGUGAAGUUUAUGUAUUGAUG